CCAUUUGUCAUUUUUUGGCAUGCGCGUUCGGGGAUGCUACGAAAUUCGUGCUCGUGAGUGUUUUUAACUUAAAGUGAAUUCUGAACUUUGUUUGUGAAUCGUGGAAAUUUGUGUCGCUCUGUGAAAUACCAGUGCCUAUAUUUAUUUUAAGUGUUAGUGUGUAGAAAUCGUUCAACAUGAAUAAAACUUGCGCAAGGUGUGAGAAAACAGUUUACCCAACGGAGGAGCUGAAAUGUUUGGACAAGGUGUGGCACAAAGGCUGCUUCAAAUGUCAAGAGUGCGGGAUGACGCUCAACAUGAGGACGUAUAAGGGUUACGGAAAACUGCCUUACUGCGAAGCCCACGUACCAAAAGCGAAGCACACGACGAUGGCGGAGACUCCAGAGCUGAAGCGGAUAGCGGAGAACACGAAGAUACAGAGCAACGUCAAGUACCACGCCGACUUCGAGAAGAGCAAGGGAAAAUUCACACAGGUGGCAGAUGACCCAGAGACUCUCAGGAUCAAAGCUAACACAAAGAUAAUUAGCAACGUGGCUUACCACGGGGAUUUGGAGAAGAAGGCGCAAAUGGAGAAGCAGAGGCAGAUAAACGAGAACGGAGAACUUGUCGACGUACCGACCGACUACCACCAACAAAUCGAAAGCUACGCGACAGAGAUGCUCCCCCCUCCCGCGCCCCCCAGCCUGCCGCACAAGAACCACUACCAGACUCCUGCGCAGGCGCAUCAAGUCCAACAACACCAGAACUUGCCGCAGAACCGCGUUCACAACAACCAAUACAACCCGCGCCAAUACGAUCAAUACAAAAAGUAUGAGGAGUACAAUCAAAAUCAGCAGUAUCAAUACGACGAAUACCAAAAUCAAUACGGAUACGGAUAUCAGAACCAGAACCAUAACCAGCCUAAGAUUGGGAGGAUCCAGGACUAUGAUCCGGUCAGUGACGGGCCUAGGGCUCCGCCCAACACUCAAAGGUCGUCACAAACGUUGAUAUACAACAGUACUAGUGACGGAAACAGAGGCCCCCAGACGCCGCAGCCGUCGCGGCAGAUCGGGCGCGUGACGGACCUGGACCCGCUGGCGGCGGAGCAGCCCCCCCCCGCCCACCACACGCACUCGUCGUCUGCGCACGCGCAAAAGGCGGUGUACGUUGCGAUGUAUGAUUACGAAGCGAAUGACAGUGAUGAAGUGUCGUUCCGCGAGGGCGACUACAUCUCGGACGUGACGUCAGUGGACUCGGGCUGGAUGACGGGCCGCGUGCUGCGCACCGGACACACCGGCAUGCUUCCCGCCAACUACGUCGAGCGUCUGCCCAGCGCGCACGGGUACUGAC